AUGUGUUGUGAUGUCAUUAUCUGUCUCCUCUCUCAUUGGCUGCAGGACAGCGGAAAAGUGACAUCAGCACUGGUCAACGCUUUCCGUCGCCUUGACUACGACCUUUCUGUGGAGGCCCAGGUCCACCUGUCCAUGUCUGCACCCAGACGGAUGUCUCUCCCUGGGGAGGCAUUCUCUCUGUCCUCCCCCCUGCGGGUGGCGCUGUCUGGCUGCACGGCCUGCGUCGCUCAUGUAUCCAAUGGGGUCCUGCACGUGGCAAACCUGGGUGACAGCCGGGCCGUCCUGGGCGUCCAGGAGCCGGACGGCCACUGGUCGGCAGUCAGCCUUACCAACGACCACAACGCGCAGAACCCAGACGAGCUGCAAAGGAUUCUCGGGGAACACCCGUCAUCUGAGCGGAGGACGGUGGUCCGCCAUGACCGCCUGUUGGGUCUCCUGCUACCCUUCAGGGCAUUUGGCGACGUCCGCUUCAAGUGGAGUGCAGAGAUGCUGAGUCGAGUCUACGAAACACGACCAGACAUCCUGUCCGCGGUCAGCGAAGUGGCCCGGGUGCUGCCGCCAUACUACCUGACCCCGCCCUACCUGAGUGCCCAGCCGGAGGUCACCCGACACCGCAUCAGACCCGUUGACAAGUUCCUUGUCUUGGCCACUGAUGGACUCUGGGAGCUGAUGCACCGACAGACGGUCGUCCAGCUGGUGGGGGAACAACUGACAGGCCUUCAGCAGCAGAGACCCAUAUUUCCCGGCACAGGCGUGACGCUGGGCAGCCUGCAGCGCCUCCUGCUGGAGAGGAGGGGCCGGGUCCUGUCGGUGCUGGAGGACCAGAACACUGCCACCCACCUGCUCCGCCAUGCUCUUGGGGACGAUGGGUACGGAGCGGUGGCGCCAAACCGUCUGGCCAAGAUGCUGAGUCUGCCGCCGGAGCUGGCAAGGAGGUACCGCGAUGACAUCACCAUCACUGUCAUCCACCUGAACGAGCCCGACCAUUAA